AUGCUCAUCGAGGCUGUCAAUAUCAAGACGGUGGCCUUGGCCAUCCCCGCUUGCCUGCUAUUGUUCUUCAUCAUCAACUGGCUCACCAUCGCGUACAAGGUCGCCAAGUCGCCAGGCAUCCGGGCUCCUUCGAUUGGAGACAAUCCCUUCUCUGCCCUCAGCACCGCCUUGACCGCAGUCCACUACCAGAACCAGAACCGCCUCUACGAAUUCUUCCUGCGCAUGUUCUCCGCCGCCACCCCCGCCUCGCCCAACGCCGUCGAGAUCCUCUUCUUCGGCCGCCGCAUCAUCUUCACCCAGGAGCCCGAGCACAUCAAGACCGUCCUGACCGCCAAGUUUGCCGACUAUGGCAAGGGACCCAAGUUCCACGAGGUCUGGGCGCCCUUCCUCGGCGACAGCAUCUUCACCACCGACGGCGCCCAGUGGCACGACAGCCGCACCCUCAUCCGCCCAAUGUUCGUCAAGGACCGCGUCCGCGACAUGGACAUCUUUGCGCGCUGGUCCGACAAGCUCCUGGAGAAGAUGCCGCCGGCCGGCGAGACGGUCGACAUGUGCGAUCUGUUCUACCGCAUGACGCUGGACCUCACCACCGACUUCUUGCUCGGCCAUGGCGUGGGUAGCCUCGACAACCCCAAUAGCGAAUUCUCCAACGCCUUUACCGUCGUUCAGCGACUCCAAAUGAUUUUGACAAUUCUCUUCCCAUUCCGCCACUUUGUUCCCCAAAAGGCAUACCGUGACGGAGUCAAGACCCUGGAAAAGUUCAUGACCCCGUAUAUCCAGCAGACCCUGUCUCUCACGCAAGACGAGCUCGAGAAGCUGUCCAAGUCGGACAAGGGCUUCACCUUCCUCCACAACAUCGCCCUCUUCUCCCGCGACCCCAAGGUCAUCCGCGACCAGAUCAUGGCCGUCCUCCUCGCCGGCCGCGACACCACCGCCGCGACGCUUUCCUGGACCAUCUACGAGCUGGCCAACUACCCUGAAGUCUGGACCAAGCUUCGCGAGGCUGUUCUGGAAAAGGUCGGGCCGACACGCAACCCGACCUAUGAAGACAUCAAGGGCAUGACUUACUUGACUCAUGCCAUUAAUGAGACACUACGCCUGUACCCGGCCGUACCUUACAACAUCCGCUCCUGUCUGCAAGAUUCUACACUUACCGGCGCACCUGGAAAGCCCGACAUUGCGUGCUUUAAGGGCAACCACGUCAUCUACAGCACCUACGCCAUGCAGCGCCGCCGCGACCUCUAUCCCCCCGUGUCCGAGACGUUCGCGGACCCGGACGUCUACAGCCCGGACCGCUGGGACCACUGGACGCCGCGGCCCUGGCAGUACGUGCCCUUUAAUGGCGGGCCGCGCAUCUGCAUCGGCCAAAACUUUGCCGUCACCGAGAUUGGCUACGUCUUGGUAAAAUUACUGCAGAAAUACGAGAGACUUGAGUAUCGCGACGAUUGGAAGGCGCAGUUUCACAAGGCAGAGAUUGUCGGCUGUCCGGGACGCGGCGUGCCCGUGGCGUUUUUCGAGCCGGAAUCGAAGAAUUGA